CCACUGCGAAGGCGAUGCGGAGUCCCCGCUCAUUGCGCCGUGCUACUGCGCAGGCUCGUUGCGCUACGUUCACCAGUCAUGUCUGCAACAAUGGAUCAAGUCGUCGGACACCAAAUCUUGCGAGCUGUGCAAAUUCAACUUCAUCAUGCACUCCAAAAUCAAACCUUUCAACAAGUGGGAGAAGCUGGACAUGUCCGGGAUGGAGCGACGCAAGAUCGCCUGUUCGGUCACCUUCCACGUCGUGGCCCUCACCUGCGUCGUUUGGGCACUGUACAUCCUCAUCGAACGGACGACGGAGGAAGUCCAGGAGGGAAGCCUGGAGUGGCCUUUCUGGACCAAGCUGAUCGUUGUGGCGAUUGGUUUCACCGGGGGGCUAGUCUUCAUGUACGUGCAGUGCAAGAUGUACGUGCAACUGUGUAAACGAUGGCGUGCCUUCAACAGGGUCAUUUACGUUCAAAAUGUUCCCGAAAAG